CAAAAGAGAGUGCAUUAGAUUUGUGUUUCUUUUUCAUUAUCUUUUUACGUAUUGAAUCUGUGUUUUGUUGUUUGAAGAUAUGAAUUCUCAGAUUUGCAGAUCUGCUUCACGAGCUACCAAGUCCUUGUUAUCUGCUUAUUCUAAGCAGACUUCUCGUGGGGGACGAGCAGCGGCUGCAGCAGCCACAGUUUCUUUGAGAGGUGUUGUGCCUUCUCUAGUUUCAUAUGGCAGGACUGAGUCCCGAAAUUCGUCUACAAGUUGGAUUUCGGGAAUCCUCGCCCUUCCUGCAGCAGCUUACAUGCUCCAGGAGCAAGAAGCACAUGCUGCCGAGAUGGAGCGCACCUUCAUCGCCAUAAAGCCAGAUGGAGUGCAAAGGGGCUUGAUUUCAGAGAUACUAUCACGCUUUGAGCGCAAGGGUUUCAAGCUGGUCGCGAUCAAAAUUGUGGUUCCGUCUAAGGAUUUUGCCGGAAAGCAUUAUCAUGACCUGAAAGAGAGACCAUUUUUUAAUGGCCUAUGUGAUUUCCUCAGCUCCGGCCCUGUCGUAGCAAUGGUUUGGGAAGGCGAGGGAGUGAUUAAAUACGGACGGAAGCUUAUCGGAGCUACAGAUCCGCAAAAAUCAGAACCUGGAACAAUUAGAGGUGAUUUAGCUGUUGUAGUCGGAAGGAACAUUAUCCACGGGAGCGAUGGACCUGAGACUGCCAAGGAUGAGAUCAAACUAUGGUUCAAACCAGAAGAGUUGGUUAGAUACACAAGUAAUGACGAGAAGUGGAUAUACGGUGUGAACUGAAGAAAAGUCGUUAUUCUUAAUUAAAACUGCGAUUAACUCCACAUGAAGACUGGGACACUAGUGAUUAUCUGAAUAAAUCUGAUGACCAUUUUCCUUAGGCUUGUAGGGACAUAACCUUUAACAAAGUGUUACUUAGAUUGUUCAAUAAUCAAAUGUAAUGAAAAAUUGCUGAGCCUUGCCAAUUGCA